AUGCUCAUGUCAGCUAUUGAUUCCCCAGACCGUGGAACAGAAGACACAUUCUCUCACUCCCUGCCCCUCCCCCACCCUCUCAUCAGUAUGCUCCAAGGAGCUGCGCCUGAGAUCACACCAUCUUGGGUCUCAGGCUCUGGAGUGGACAGUCUUGCUGUCAGUAAACAUUGAUCAGGCAAACAUGUCACAUCCACUGUACGGUCCUCCUAUGGUCCUUGACCACACUAAUAUCCCUAAGUGCACCUGCUCUACCAGGUCAUAAGGCUGUCAUAACUGAGAAAUUACCCUACUGCUCCCAUAGUAACUAUACAAGUCUUUACAUAGAGAUGUUUUCACCUUACUCUCAUCAGGGGAUUUUUUUCUGUAGCGUUGUGGUCACUUUCCUGCUGCAAUGUUGUUAUUCAUUAGAUAAUGGACAGAAACAUAUUGAUUAAUCCCAACAUCCCCUUCGGACAAGCUCAUUAGGACAGGCUGUUUGGGUUCUGGUGCUUGACCAUUUUCAACCUUCAACCUCAAAGUUCUCAUAAUAAUGUGUUUGCAGCCCACAUUCACUGUCUUUUUUUGUGCCUUUCACUCUGUUCCUUCCAGUCUGAGAGACUAUUAAGUAUUUCCUCUGAAGCUCUAUAGGCCGUAACAUCCACCUCUGCACCACUGUUCACAGUCCUCUGUUCUGAAUACGCCGGCUGCCGUCAUGCACAGCUACACAUUUUUCAAUGUGUUAGGAUUCCGGAGACUGUAUUAUAAUGCUUCAAUACCUUUUGUAGAGGAACUCAGGAGCUACAAAGGCAUGUAGUUCAUCGAGGGGAAUGGUUGUUGUGCAGCUGAAGAUCACACUGAGGCAUUGUGGGAUUCAGGGACAAAUGACGAAUAAAGUGAGAAGUCUCUGAGAUGCCUUUCCCUUAGUGAUGCGACCUGCAACAAAAGUUGUAAAAAAAAAGAAGGAAACAUUCUCUUACAGGUGAAAUUGGGGCACUGUAUUGAUUGCAUUUCAGGCUACUAUGAUUUCAGUACUGCCUAAGGCAUAUUGUUUAUGAACCUACUGGGAUGGAUAAUAGGACUCUAAACUUGUGUAGCUCAGUUGGUAGAGCAUGGCGCUUGCAAUGCUAGGGUUGCAACGCCAGGGUUGUGGGUUCGAUUCCCACGGGGGGCCAGUAUGAAAAUGUAUGCACUCACUAACUGUAAGUCGCUCUGGAUAAGAGCGUCUGCUAAAUGACUAAAAUGUAAAAUGUAAACUAUGCAUUCAAACUUGGAGACAUUAGUUUAAAAAGAACAGACGUGCAUGAUGUGUGUGUUUGUGUCGUAGGCAGGGGCAUCGUCUAUGUGGGCGUCAUGCUGUGGGCUGCUAAACGAGGUGAUGGGCACAGGGACGGUGCGCGGGCAGCAGACCGGGUUCGGGGCCGGGGCGGGGCCCUUCCGCUUUGCCCCCAGCGCCGGGUACUCCACCUACCCCCCCACCAGCUCAGGGAGCGCAGGCCAGCUCUGCAAGGCCUGUGGACUGGCCUUCUCUGUCUUCAGGCGCAAGGUAGGUGGUGUUGAGGAUGAUGUUUAUAGUGUGUAAAACGAUGAUGAUGAUGAUGAUGUUUAUGAUGAGGAAGAUGAGGAUCUGACAGUGUGAUAGAAGAUUAUGCUAAUGAUGAGGAGGAGGAAGAAUGCGUCCCUUAAAAAUAAACAAAGAAAACUCUAACUUCCGUAUGAAGUACUCUAUCAUAAUGGCCACACCAGGGCACCAGCUUAGACUGCAGACAGGUAAAUGGCAGAGUGUAUCUAGGCAUUGUCUGACAGUGUGGCACGCUGGGACAGUGAUGGAAGCCCCUGGAGGGUUCAGCUUUCUCCGAGCUUCCAGGCUCAGACUGCUCUAUCAGCCUGCUCACACCUGUUGCCAUGCCGAUGGCAGGUUCAGUCCCGGGAUAUAUUAUAACCACACGUGUGUGUGUGUGUGUGUGUGUGUGGCUCAGCUUGAUAUUUGUGUCAUGAAAGGACAGGUUCCGGGGAUUAACACUGAUGAUUGAAGAAUGGAUCUGUCAGAGCAGUCCGCAGCUCAUUUACACACCAAUGAUAUGGAAAAAUCUCCAUUCAAACUGGCUUUCAGUCGAUUUAUCUGAAUUGGCUCAGUAAACUGAGAUAAGCUUGUAAAUGUCAGGAAUAUCUGGGCAAUUUUCCAUAUAGUAUUAUUUAGAUUUUCUGUGCCAAGAAAUGGGAUAAAGUCAUCCUCUGUCCUAGAACAUGGUGACAUCAUAGGGAAUGAGUCCUUGUUUUGGAAAGCUGUUGUCUAGCAAAUUUGGCAGAUCCCUCUCAAAGCUGGGACCGAGAGAAUGAAAAACAGCUUCUAUCUCAAGGCCAUCAGAGUGUUAAAUAGCCAUCAAUAGUACAUUAGAGGCUGCUACUGCCUAUUGAAAUCACUGGCCACUUUAAGAAAUGGAACACUAGUCACUUUAAUAAUGUUUACAUAUCUUGCACUACUCAUCUCAUAUGUAUAUACUGUAUUCUAUUCUAUAAUAUUCUACUGUAUCUUAGUCCAUGCCGCUCUGUCAUUGCUUGUCCAAUAAUGUAUAUAUUCUUAAAUUCCAUUCCUUAUUAGAUUUGUGUGUAUUGGGUAUAUGUUGUGAAAUUGUUAGAUAUUACUGCACUGUCGGAGCUAGAAGCACAAGCAUUUCGCUACACCCGCAAUAACAUCUGCUAAACACAUGUAUGUGACAAAGAAAAUGUGAUUUGAUUUGAUUAGUUGUAAUUAAUAGAUUUCCAAAAACAGGAAUGUUAAAUGACUCCAUGAUGCCAAUAAUUAAUUAAAUAUAGUAAUUAAUUGAUCAGGAGGAAUGGACAUGACUGUCUGAUGGGAUCACCUGUCUUCUAAAUGUGUGUGGUGACUCUCUCGCUCUCUUUCUCUCUCUCUACUCCCUCCCUCGCUCUCCCCCUCCGCCUUUCUCCCUCCCUCUCUCUCGCUCUCUCUCGCUCUCCCUCUCUCUCAGCACAUAUGCUCGGACUGUAAGAAGAGUUUCUGUGCCCUGUGCUCGGUGCUGCAGGAGAACCUCCGCUGCUGCACCACCUGUCACCUCCUGCGUGGCACGGCCUUCCAGAGACCACAGCUCAUGGCGCUGCGCGUUAAAGACCUGCGCCAGUACCUGCUGCUGCGCAACAUCCCUACAGACACCUGCAGGGAGAAGGAAGACCUGGUGGACCUGGUGCUCUGCCACCAGGAAGCUGGGGAAAACACCUCAACGCAAGGAGGUGAAGAGGAGGAAGAGGAGGAAGAAGAGGAGGAGGAUGCAGACACGGACAGCCUGCACUCCCUCCCCCACUCCCUCCACUCCUCGCCCCCUUCAGCCGCACGACGCUCCGCCUCGGAGCAGUCGGCUCUCUCUGCCUCCCAGGGAGACGCUCCUCUCAGCCGGAGUGACAGCUCAGGGACCGCUCACAGCCAGGUAUGACUACCCACACACACAACACACUCAUGCAUGCACAGUCGCGCACGCACGCGUACACACACACACACAAAUUGGUCCCAUUCCCUCACAUCUGCCAACUUUCGUUACCAUCUUCCCUGCUCUUUUGACAUCUGUCCUCCCUGUAUCAAAGCUAAUUAA